AUGCUCUCCAAACUUGGAUGGACUGAGUCCGCAUUAUGCGUUCUACUGCCUCUCUAUCUAGUAUACCUCAUACAAAGAUACUUUAAGCUACGAGUGUCUGUUAAGAUUCCUUCCCUGGGUUGGUCUAAGGUGCCUUACAUAGGACACUCCCUGUCCUUCCUUCGAGGAGGGGCUGAACUACAUUCUAUGUUCGAGCCGUAUCGCAAGACUACAACUCCAAUUCAUUUCAACAUUUGUGGAACCGAUCUGUUUCUCAUAAACUCCCCUGAAAUUGUCAGAAAAAUCGCCAACAAACCUCAUAUAUUCACAGAAGGUGCUCUACGAGGAGAUUUUGCCUUAAAAGUACUUGACCUUCCCAAGGGUGCUGCUCAAGUGCUAGGCAACGAUAACUCUGGGUCUGCUCUCCGGCCAUUACCUGGAAGCACAUUGCCACCGGAAAGGCGUAUCGUGAGAAUGCAGCAUGAAACAACGUUCAACCUAUUAGCGUCUCCAUCCGGAAUACAUAUGUUCGUUCUUCAGUUUACUAACUUCAUGGAGAAGCUGAUCCUCUCUAAUGAUAUAGGCGAGCAAUGGGUCGAACUACCAGACCUAUUUCACUUUAUUCAAAAUCUUACAUCAACAGCCAUGAUGAAUGCCCUCUGUGGGCCUCGCCUGGUUGGGAAGAACCCUGGCUUUGUUGACGAAUUUUGGACUUUUGAUCUGAACAUUCAUUACCUCAACCUGGGCAUUGCUCCAUUGUUCAGACCUGAAGGGGUCAAGGCUCGUGAUAGAUGCAUAAAAGCUCUUAUAGAGUGGAAGAAAAACGCUAUCCGAGACUCGGCAGACAAAGACUACCCUGACUCAUUGCUCUGGGAUGAAAUCUGGGGGUUCAAGAUCAUGCGGGAUAGAGAUGAAAUGUAUAGCCGCUUCCCCGAAUACUGUAACGACCAGGCUCGUGCGGGCGCUGAUUUAGGCAUCCUUUGGGCAUGUAAUGAUAACCUCAUUCCUGUCGGGUUUUGGCUAGUCCAAAGAAUUCUUAGUUCUCCUAACUUACGGGAACGGUUCAUGAAAGAAUUUGAUAACGCAAGGCUACCCUCACAACCAGGAGAUACCCUUCCACGUUUCAACACACAUGUCCUUGCAAAGACCCCUUUUCUUCAGUCCACAUAUCAUGAGGUCCUACGGACUCAAGUAACCAGCUUCACAGCACGCACUGUUCGCCAGAAUUGCCAGAUAGGAGAGUAUAUGUUCCCCAAGGGUUCCGUCACCCUUUCAUCGUCAUGGGGAGUCCACAACAACCCAGGUCUCUGGGGGUCUCGGCCUGGCGCGGAGGAGCACCCUGUUGAGGAAUUUUGGCCAGAACGAUUCCUUAUCUGUCCAUAUGAGAGGGCGGCAAAGGAAGGAAAACCUUCACCUGAAUUAGGAAAAGGGCCGGAAUUUUCUUUGAAGGGUCUCGAUGGCACGUUCUUCCCGUUUGGGAUAGGCCACAACGCAUGCCCAGGUCGCCAUUUUGCUACACAUGCGAUCCUCAAUAUAGCAGCUACAAUGCUUUCUGUAUUCGACUUUGAGCCCAUUGACACAUGGGCAGGUGAGGGCAUGGAUUACACGACAUUUGGAUAUACACCCGCCAGGCCACUGAAGAAGAUACCCUUCAGAAUACGAAGGAAGAUUCGCCCAGCUGGAGGAGAAGAAAGGUCCCACUGUUAA